CGACCGAGCAGAGUGUUUACAAAUCUUGCGCUCGAGUGUUCGCGUAACAAACGAUAAUCUCUCGAGGAGAGAGACGGUUGGAAGUCGACGGUUGGAAGUCGAUGGUGGGGCUGGUCGAUUCGGUGCAACAGGCGGAAGGAAGUAAUAUCGGAGCUCGGGUGGCGAACCGCGUCGCGCACGUUUCUGCCGCACGAAUUCCCUUUCCUCGAGAGCGAUGUAUAUAACUCGGUGACACACGAGAGAGAUCGGUCUCUUUGGGACGGGCCUCGUGGAAAAUCAAUGCUCAAGGACUACGCGCACCUUGUGCGCGGUGAAAGAGAAGAGUGAGGGUGGCGACAAAAGGAGAAGGAGGGAAAAGAAAGGGGGGGGAAAAAAUAAAGAGAAUAUAAAUACUGCGGGGGAUCGGAGGUGUUCUCGAAUCGAAGUGUAACGCGGGGUGACACUCGGAUAGAUUAGCUGUCGUCGUUCGAGGUUUAUCGUUUUCGAAUAAAACGACGUUUUAUUGAUUCGAGCCUCCAAGUUUUAUGGGAGCCAAUGUUGACUUGGCUGAAUUCGCGCAGAACCAACUACCGUCCCCAUGCUUGGCAGUGCGUUUCCUGGGACCACUUUAGAAGCAGCGGAGGAUGGGUUCCCGAAGGAGCGGCGCAGGGGGGAGCCGGGGGAACGCUGGCGUUAUGAAGGAAAGGGCCAACUUGUCGUUCAUGCUCGUGGUCAUGUUCUUCGGCGUGUUCGCCGUGAUCGUCCUCACGGAGAUAUUCCUGAUCGACGAGAGGCGUGGCAUGGGCGUAGGUGGGAGCGGGGCCCUAGGAGGUCACAGGAGCGGGCAUCGACUGCCGGCUGCGCCCGAUCGGCCGGAUUACGGGGAGAUCGGAGCUGAAGAUUAUAUCGGAUUGAAGGGCAGCUUCGACGAUCAUAUCGGAUUAUUGAUGCACGGGGACGACGGAGGACAGAAGGCCGCGAUACAACCGGACCCAAGAGGUUUACCGAGCUUACCACCCAACCUGGAGGCUCGCCUACCGCAACUCGAUCAGAGCUUGAGGAUCACGCACGCCGAAUGGUUGCCGGUCACGAAGACCAGAUUCAAAUUCUUUGUAUACUCAGCGUACUUCGAUGACAGGGUUGGUGGUACGGGAGCACCAACAGGUAAAAGUCAAGGCAUGGUUCGAAUAAUAAGCGCAACAAAGACAAGAGGACCUGAGCGUGUUUGGUGUAGACUUUGGUAUCGACCGGAGAAUGGAGGGAACGUAACUACUUCCGUAACGGUAGCUGCUAAAGUGAAGGUGAUCAGGGAAAAUUGGAACUUGAAAUACAGUGCCUGCUUUGUGAUUUGCCCGUUGCCGAAAGAAUCGGCCACGAUCGACAGAGUGCCGGAAACGGUGAGCGUGGUGGCCAGGCUGAAAGCAUCGCCGACGAAUCGCAUCCUGGUUCAGAAUCGGCCUGAAAAUAGGGCGAAGAACAAAGAAAUGUUGGCCGUUUGCGUGAAACCCCUGCAUUACGAUUACAACAGGGUAUUACAACUCAUAGAGUUCAUCGAGUUGCACAGACUGCUUGGCGCUAGCCACGUGACUUUAUACAACGACACGGUGGGCAGUGAGGCCGGAUGCGCUCUCAAGUAUUACGAAGCUAAAGGUCUGGUGACCGUGUUACCUUGGCAUCAUUUGGACAUGAUCUCGCAGCGAGACAUUCGCACGGAGGGAUUGUUCGCUGCCCUCAACGAUUGCCUUUAUCGAUCCAUGUACAGAUACGAAUACGUGGCGCUGGUGGAUCUCGACGAGUUCAUUAUACCGAGGCACAACGACACUAUCAUUGAUCUAAUCAGAUGGAUGAGCAGUCGCAUAAACGCCAAAGCCACCGGAUCAUACUCCUUUCAAAACGCGUUCUUCUACCUUCAAUGGGCGGACGACCCGUUCGUGGUGACCAGUCGCACCCCCAUAGAGGCCGGUUUGAUCACGUUGAAGAAAACUAGGCGUAGAACGAAGCUACACCCCCACAAACAGCGAUCGAAAUACGUUUGCAAGCCCCAGAACGUGGUCGAGGCUGGAAAUCACUUCGUAUGGGAGUUCAUCCCAGGACACGGGACUCUGAAUGUUCCAUCGGACGCGGCGAUUCUCCACCAUUACAGGGUCUGCGAGUUUGGCGGCGAUGAUUGUAUAAAGACUCAGUCGGUAGUCGAUAGAACGGCCUACAAAUACAAGAAUAGAUUAUCGGAUAGCGUUGGGAAGACCUGGUCCGACUUGAGCGGCGAGUGCUCGUUACCCAAAUUGGAACCAAUUCCGGGUAUGACACCGCGGAUAAAAGCGAGCCCCAAAGUGCUGAAGUCGGUCAGGUAGCGAAAGACCAUUGUCGAUACUCUUUGGGAUAUUGGUAAUUUCACUGGUACACCGAAGGUAGCGAGAACUUAUUUCUACAACUACGGUGGCCCGUAGUUUUCCCACUCGGACGGCCAUUGCCUCUCGAAGAGAGAAUGUUCCAAGAGAGAUUUGUACGGGGUAUUUGCCACCAUGCGUUUUUUCUACCUUUUGCGGUCCACACGCCUGAUAAAUCUCGUUUCGGAGAGGAAAAAAAAAAAAAAAACCCGGUGCCUGUCUGUCUAUCAACGAGCCAAAUGUUGCGGUGGAGGUGCGGUGCCGAUGGCACUUUGUUGAGAAUGUUGCGACGCUAAGUACGAAAAGCUGACGAUAAUAUAAUAUUUUUCUACGUGAGAAAGACUCACGAUCGACCGGCAAAGAUCCGACCAUCCAACGCGACGAACUUUCCCGGACGAUCCUGUAUCUCUUACGCUAUGGUGCUUCUUUCACGAUUUUAUACGGUAUUGUAUUUGUGUACGAGUUUUAUUUUUCGUUCGAAUCGAAGCCGAACCUAGGGUGAGAAAAAUAUAAAAUAUAUAAGGAAAUAUUGUGAAGAAUAUCGCGCAGGGCCUAACGUUUCCGGUCUAUAUCAUCGGCUAUAAUGUGAAACGUCUGAUAUCGUUAUCUUGUUGAUCUCUACUCUUUCCCUCCCCCCUCCCCUCUCUUUUAUUUCACACCUAUAAAUCCGCACAACGUAUAAAAGAAAAACGUACGCAUAUCCAUAGGAUCAAUACUUAUAGUGGUAGUUUAUGUAUGUAUAAUAUGUAUCUAGAACAUCUAGUAUUUAAUCCGAAUAGCGAACGCGUAGAAUGCGAAAAUGUUUUUAAAAUGCCGUUUACACGUAGCCGAUUUUUAUUCGAUCGGUCGAUUUACGAUAAACGAAAAGAACGUUUUCAAUUAAAAAAAAGAAAAACAAAAAUUGGGUUCCACCAUUUAUGGCGACUUACAACCGAUAAUAAUAGAUUGCGUUCCACGAUUUUAUUCGUUGUCGAACAAGUCUCGAGAAUAGUUUUUAAUCCCUGAAAGUGUUUUUUAAGAAACGUUGUUAAAUAAUAGUAGUUGCAUUUCAAGAUGAACGUAAUUGUUACAACACAAAGGUGGGAGUAUUUAUGGUCAGCUAGAUAGUGGUUACAGAUUUGAGCGUUAUGACAAUGAAUAUUGCAAACUGUUUCUAAUUUCUUUCGUAAUGUCACAUUUUUUACGCGCACAUACAUUUAUGUAUAUAUGUGUAUACACGAAAGUGUACGUGUAUUUACGUACACUGCAUGUAGGAUAGGUGAGAAUACGUACAUGUGAUCGGUGCUAAGCCACAAUCAACAUGCCGCUCGGCCGUGUUGGGAGAAUUAAUAAAUAUUAUACGACGACAAUAUGUAUUUUGAUUCCCUUGAAAAUAUAUUUCGUAAAUAUAUAAGUCUGGAAUACAUGUACAAUUAUACGAAUAAUUGAAUUUCAAAAAUUAUUUAAAACUCGUAUGUCGUACAUAUAUACAUAUGUAUCUUAAGUAUUUUUUACAAAAUUAUUCGAUCACGAAGACUAAUAUUAAUUACUUUUUAUUAAUACCUAUUUACAGUUAUUGUAAAAACAUGCGCAUAGAGAUCGAUAAUUACAUGGGCGGUAUAUUUUGCAA